GGGUCGGCGUUGGGCUCACUGGGCUCGAACAAAGGACGAUCCGGUAGAGACGCGGCGGGGCGCCUGCUGAGGGGUAGCUGAGCGCCCGGUGGAGGCUUCUGGGGCAGCCAGUGCCCCCGCCGCGUGGUCUCAGUGGGCUUCUCCUCGGUGCCCCGCAGCCAGCGCGGCGGGGGGGGGCCCGGCCCAGCGGCACCUGCUGCCGAGGGACCCGCGCCGCCAGGUGCUCGUGAUGGGGCUCAUCUUCGCUAAACUGUGGAGCCUCUUCUGUAACCAAGAACACAAAGUAAUUAUAGUGGGACUGGAUAAUGCAGGGAAAACCACCAUUCUUUAUCAAUUCUUAAUGAAUGAAGUAGUUCAUACAUCUCCAACCAUAGGAAGCAACGUGGAAGAAAUAGUUGUGAAGAACACUCAUUUUCUUAUGUGGGAUAUUGGUGGUCAGGAGUCGCUGCGGUCAUCCUGGAACACGUAUUACUCAAACACAGAGUUCAUCAUUCUGGUUGUUGAUAGCAUUGACAGGGAACGACUAGCUAUCACAAAAGAAGAAUUAUACAGAAUGUUGGCUCACGAGGAUUUACGGAAAGCCGGGGUCCUUAUCUUUGCGAAUAAACAGGACAUGAAGGGGUGCAUGACAGCAGCUGAAAUCUCCAAAUACCUCACCCUUAGCUCCAUUAAGGAUCACCCAUGGCACAUUCAGUCCUGCUGUGCUCUGACGGGAGAAGGGUUAUGCCAAGGUCUGGAGUGGAUGACUUCCCGGAUUGGUGUGAGAUAACUUUUUUGCUUGAAAGAGACUGCUCUAUUUAUUCUGUGACAUGAACAUUUUUUCCUAGUACUUUGGCUGCUAAGGCAGCAGCAUGUUUAAUUUAUAACAACACAAACCUCUAUGAGCAACACUUGAAUCAAGUGCAGCUGAACUGGAACAUAAAAGAUUUUUUCUUAACUUUUUUUUUAAUGCACUAAUCUUCAGUUGGAUGAACAUAAUGUGUAACUGUGUUUUCAGCAACAGGAUUCUUCUGACUGCUUAUUCUAAUUAUUCAGUGACUGCCUUGUAAGAAAUGUUUGUCAUAUGUUUAAUGUUUUCUGAAGUAUUGUAAUAACUUUAAUGACCAAUUUCUUUCAUUUCCUGACCACCCCCUGCCCCCACCAGAUAAUUAACUGGUCUGACAGUGUAGUAGUGGUAAUCAUCAGGUAGUGCUUGCAAACUUAACGAGCACUGAAGAUUUGCUUCCUUUAUAAACCACAUAUCUUUUGGACAGAAUUUAUUAUAAAGAAAUCUGCCUAGAAGAUAUAUAUAAGAAAAAUUAAACAUCACGAGAACUGCCUUUAAGUGAGUUAGCCUCCCCCACAUUAUUGCAAGUCAUGGAAUAAUUUUAAGCUACUAUUAGCAUGGAAAUUAAGUAGGCUAUUUAUCUAAAAGAAUUAAAUUCACUUUUCUGCCUGCAACAUGGGGUUAGUUUUGGUUAAAAACUAAUCAAGGUAAAAUAUUGAUUGGUAAAAUAGUGAUUUGAAGGUCCAACUUUGAUAAUAAAUAUUUUGGAUAAAUCUGGUAUUUUAAGAAUGUCACAUUAUUCAAUGCAUAUAAUAACUGUCAGAAGUUAUUAAAGCAUACCAGCACUAAUACUAAAACAAGACACUUGGAAUAUAUUUUAGUGUCAAUUACAAAUGUCUUUAUCAGCAAAACGUUCCACUAUUCCAUUGGCAAGGGACAUCACAUCUGUUUUGGGCGAUUGCUAAAGCAGAAGUAUAAACAGUUCAUUUUAUUUCUUAAAAUUGGAAAUUGUGUCUGUAAUAGUAUUUCUACCACCAGCAGUAUAUUACUUAAAAAACCAUGUGACUUCCCUUAAAUCUAUUUGAGGUUGUAGUGUAAUAGGCUUGAAGCAAUUGCUGUCUUUGUGGUUAUGCCUCUUGUUGUAAACUCUUUUGCUGGAUUCUAGGAAACUGCUGAAUUUAAUCCUAGCUUUUACAAUAUUACUGUGAGACUCAAAGUUAAUACACUAAUGACUUAAAAAAUAGGAAGAAAAAAUCAUAAUCUAUCAAAAGUUUAUUUAUUGGAUAGCAUUAAAAAAAUUUCAAGACAGUUGUCUACUGUGAACAAUUAAUAGUGCGUACCUUAAGAGGGAGGACAAGUAUUAUAAUUUUGAUCCUCUUUAUUUCAAAUGUAUCAUUUUGCUAUAAUGAAAGGGAUAAAAUGCUUACUUAGAGAAUAAUACUUCAUUUUUGCAGUAUUUUCAUUUGGGUCAAAAAUAGGAUUCAGUGUUCAUAAGACUAUCAAAACACCUGUUCAAAAAUGGAAUUUUAAUUUUAAUAUUUUUUAUUGUAAGUUUAAAUUUUGCUCUGUUUUCAGGUAUACUUGAUUUCUUAUAUUUAGUCUAAUUAGUUGAAUGUGGUAACAUUUUUCUGAUUUCUAUUUAGUGGUAGCACACUCUAGGACUGAGAAAUGGCCAGAGGAAAGUUUUCUGGAGUUUGGGAACUAGUUGUUUAUUAACCUUGUUUUGAACCUUUUUCUUUGUGAUUCUGUACCAGGUAGAGGACAAAUUUUGUUUUUAAUAUAACCCUUAAUCAAGAACAUGGGAGAAAAGCAGACAUAAAUCAAUAUGGAUGCUUUGUGGUGUGUAUGUGGUGGUGGGGUGGGGAGUAGGAGGAAUUAUGAAAAUAUCAUUUACCUAAAGCACACUUGGCUGGAAUUUCUAUCUUUGUUGUAUGGUUUAGCCAUAAAUUCUGAGGAUAAUUCUCUUAACUCUGUCCUGAGAAGAAGCAUAUUUAAUACUCCUGUAUUCGUUCUUAUUAUGAAAUUUGUCGUCUUGUAUCUAGUAGGAUUGGCUGGCUCAAUUUUCUUCUAUCAAAUUAUAUGGUUAUUUUUUAUAUUACCACAUCAGCAUUAUAUUGAAAGUGUUUUUAAUAGUUGAUUGUAUUUUGUCAAACUACUACUAGUAUAGACUCAAGUUUGCUAUUUAAUUUUUAAAACAAUUUUUUUUAAUUUUCUAAAUCCUUUUUUAAACACGUUUUGUUAGUUUUGGAUUAGAAAUGCUUUAUGUAGCUGUGUGUUGAAGAUGAAAUUGGCAUUCAGCUAGAUUUUGUGCCAACAAUUGAGAAAAGUUCAGUUAGGAAAUUCAUGUGAGAAUUUUUAAAAGUAUUUUAUAGGUUCUCCUUAGAUUAUUUCCUGUUACAAUAAUGUAGAAACUGAUUAUCCUUUACUCCAAGAGAAUGUUUUAACCCAAGCAAGUAUCUAAUACUAAAACAUUGAUUCUGACAUUCAUUGUAAACCAACGGACUAUAAGAUAUUGUCUGAUGAAAAAUGUAAAUUUGUGAUUAGUGCCUUUAUUCAUGUUUUGAGAUGAGUUCUCAAUUUUGUACUAUACCUGUUCUUUAGAAAUCAGAUUAGCAGCUAAUUAAUUUAACAAUGACAUAAUUCGAGUUUCACCCUCCCUGUCAACCCUUCAAGUUGCCUAGCAAAGUUUCUAGUAAGUAGUGAAAAGGAAGGGACCCACCCACAUUGCUUUCGGGAAAUUAUUCUACAUUUUGUUUUUAAUUUGAGGAUGAAGAAACUAAAUUUUAACAAAUCUUUUCAAUAUGUUAUAACUAAAAUGUAACUGCUUACCCUUGUAAGUUCAAAUAUGACAUUUUUUCUUAAUUUUGAACAUGUUGCAUUUUAAACCCAUCAUUCUUAUUGAAGCCCAUCUGAGAACUCUUAGAAUUAACAGACCCUUUUAUAUGGGAACAUAAUACAUCAUUUUGUAUUGUUGGUGUAAUUUAAUUCCUUAAAAUCUGACAUAGCAUGUAUAUAAUCUAUUGAAAAACUGAUGAUUAAAUACAUAAUUUUUGCUCUUAGGUUCUGUGUUAGUAUGCUUGAAGGUAUAAUUUUAUUCUGUAUUCAUUAGAAUAAAAAUAAUAAAUUCAUUUCAUUGUUAAAAAUAAUUUUUAAAUGGGCACUGCCCCUAUAGCCAUAGUCAUUUUGAUUAAGCAUAAAUUAACUUUUGUUAUCUAUAGGAUAAAGAGAAAAUAAUUAUUUUCCUAUGGAAACAGUGAGUGAUAUAGGCAGUGCUGUAAACAAUAUUCUCUGAAGAGUUACGGGGAAUCACAAAGCAAAGAAGAUUUUAAAGAAAACAGUAAAAGCUUUAUUUUUUAAAAAAAUCUUUUGGUGUAGUAUCUUAGGACAAGUUAUAAACAGAAUUGUUUCUGACUAGCACUCAUUUAAUUCUUAACUAUAUACAACCAUAUCGUUAGAAAAAAUGUACUGGUAUUAUGCCUAUAGAUGGAUAAAUUCCAUUGACAUUUAUCUUUGAAAUCCAACUGAUGAAAUAUAAUUUUUCAUCUAUGGCUUUGGAUCCAAGACUUUUCACAUCUAGUUCAAUUCUAAAGGCUCUUUUAUAUUUUGUCAGGGUUAAGUCACUUCAAGAUACAGCCUGGUAACUUGUGUCUAGUGGAAUAUUGUGCUGACUGUCUAAAGAAGAGGAUUUACGUCUUAAUUUGGCCAUUAUUUGUCUUGUUGGCCUUAGACAGUUACUGUCCCUGGCCUUCCUAUUUUUCCCCAACCGAGGAACUUAAGCAGACGAGCGCUCCAACAUGUCUUUUGGUUCUAAAAUCCUGAAUCCUUGUAUACUAUAUUAAAAUUGAAAACCCAAAAAAAUACUAGCAAAAGGCACAUAAUAUGAAAUUAAAUUCAUUUUUAGCUAUUAUUUGAUUCUCACCUCAUUUUCAUUUAGUAUAUGGAUACAAUCAAAUAAGAAAACAAUGUAUCAACCAGUAACUGCUACUCAAUUUAAAUUGAGCUAAUAGCUAAUGACAAUACAAAAGAGAAAAUAAGCCAUAUUGCAAGAAAGUAUCUUAAGCUGGUUAUAAAAUACCAGCGUGUGUUGGAAAUACUCUCUUCUAGAGAAUACCUUGCUUAUUUUCCGGGCUCUUACUAAUUAGAAGUGGUUAGUUUGUUCAGAGUUUAUUGGCUUCAGUUGCCACCCCAAACUCCAGUUCUGUUUGACUUUCCAGUAUUGAAAGGAUAGUGCAGCCAGGAUGUCAAUAUUUUACAAAUGUCUGUAUAAAUCUUAGGGUAGUUUAUAUUCAAGGUUAGUUUUUUCAGUAAUGUCUCAUCCUUAUUCAUUUAGCAUUACUGUGAGGAUUGAAAUCCAAAAGUCAGGUUCCCCGAAAGUAUUUUCUAAGAGUUCCAUGUGGCCAAAGCUAAGUAGAGAAGGCCAGUAAAAAAAAUAAUAUUUGCAACUCCUCCAUUUUAAAUUUAAAGUAGAAAACAUAAUGUAUUCAACAGACCUAAAGCCGUCUUUAAAUAUAUAUGGUUUGGUAAAAUUUUGGGGAAAUGUUAAUUUGGAGGUAUAGAGGCACACCUAGAAACAAAAGUCAAAACACUUGUUAGUAAAGAUAAAUAUGAACUAGAAAAAUCUUCAUAAAGAUAUUAAUAGAAAAUGUGAUUGAAAACUGUGUGAAUUUCUGCCCUUUAAGGCACUUAAAAUUACUAGAAAGUACAGUCUCUCACUGUAGAACCGGAUGGCCUAUAUUUUUAAUGUGACCAAAGGACUGAAAACUGAUCAGGUUUUUAGAAUUUGGAAGUAUAGUCACAUAGAGACAUCUUCUGUAUUUUUUUAAACCUAUAAUCUACAUUUUAUCCUAGAAAUGGAGAAAAAAUAAAAUGUGCUGUGCAUAUUUUUUGGAAUAGAAAACAGAGUUCUAGAAGAAUGGAAAUGUUCUCUUGCACAAACUUGUAAAAUUUUAAUUAGAAAAUUACCUCAUUUUUCAAUCCAUAAGGUGCUUUGCUCAAGCUUGUGGGAUGUUACACCAUCCCGUAAAUACCCCCUUCACCCAAACUGCAUUUGAAAUACACAAAAUUCACAGGUAAGGGAAAGCAUUCCUUGGGGAUUACGUUUUGUUUUAGCCUUGUUUACCACCAGCAGGGCUAACAUGGUAUAGCAGGUCCACAUAUUUUCUUCAUUAAAACACACAGGCAAGGGCUCAGUCAAUAUUUAACUAGUUUCAUUAAAAUCAAAUAAGGGAAAGGAAAAACCUUAAAAUUUGAUCGAUUAUGUUAUACUGUGAAUAUAUUUCCAUCAGUGUUGGUAAGAUAUCAAAUGACUAUCAGUUGCUCUUGGCUAUGUAUCAUUAUUUGCAUAUUUUGGCCCUGUUCAUAAGAAACUAUAAUCAUGUUAAUAUUCUUACAUUUUCCCUCCAAAAAUUCAGGGACUAGUUUGUUCUCUUGGAGUAAACCAUUCAGUGUAGUUAUGAAAACUUUUAGUUUUGAUUUAAAAAAAAUUAGCUGCUAUUUCAUUAAAAGUGUGAAAUAAAAUGACGGUUAUGAUUUUUCCCAAUUAUGUAAUAGUUACAUAAAUUUUACCCUAUUCAUCUAUUGCACAGAGCAUGGUUUAAAAAAAAACUCAAUUACAGCCUUGCUCUUUUAUUUAUUCUCAUCAGAAUAUGAUAAUUAUAAUCACACAUUGCCAUCUUAACAUAAAUUGGUGCUUUAGAGCAUUAAAGAGGAAACAGCAGCCCCUGUGUAAAAAUUUCUUGCCUCAGAAUGUAAAACUACUUUAAGUGUCUGUAUUUAUAUUUAUGUUCAUUUCUUAAGGUUUAAACACGAACUGUAGUUAUCCAUCAAGCUGCAGGCUUUCUGCAAAGCUGUAACAAUGUCUUAGCUCAUCAGCUUGUUCAAACAGAAGAUGGAGUUAAUAAGGCCAAAAUUAUGAGUUGGAUCUCUCUGUGAGUCCCUGGUAUUGUACAGAGGAAAGAAAUGUCCUUCACGCCCCAAACUGUGCUUCUUAACCCCAACCAGGCAACUGAAAUGUGUGCUAUUGGGCCAAUUUAUAAGCAUUAAUAAAGAAAAUUAAAAGAGCAAAUAAAUUGAUGUGUAUUCACAUCAUCACUUCUUGAAAAUGCUUCAAAGCAUGUUCUUCUAAUGGUGGGGUUUAAAAAACAUGUUUUAAAUUUUUUAAUAGCUUCAUUGCUGUCAUAAAAUGCUUCUUUUAUAUGUUAAGUUUAGAUUGCUGGUGCUUAUGAUUUUUUAUUUCCACAACUAUGUUAUAAUGAGUUGCUUGCAUGCCUGCUUACCCAAGUAAAAGGAUGCUGUUUGCUCUGGAAUGUUCAUCUUUUAGACAGAUUUUGGCUCAUUUGCAAUCAUGGUGCAAUACAGUGUAACAUUCAUUUGUCUUCAGUCGACAGUUUUAUUUUUGUCAUAAUAAAUAAUUACUUUUCCAAUAUGA